GGAAUUUCAUAGCUCAAAUUGCCAGCUCACUUUCUUUUUCCUAUUUUGUUUGAUUUGCUACGCAUUUGUUACGUUCUGAUAGCGGGGGUUUUGCCUUACAAUGCAGUAUCUUAUCAAUUAAAACGAAUGAUGUCUCUAUGUUAGUGACAUUUUCGCAUACAUUUGAUUGCAAGAUUUGAUUUAAGUUGUGUUUCGAGUGUCAGGAUUUCUAUUAAACUAUAAAUCAAUUAUUUUACUGAUAAAAAUAACUAUUCUCAUAAAUAGACACAUUAGAGAUAAUAGUAGAUAUUAUGGCAAUAAGAUUAUUCAGAAGGCGGAGAAGAUUACUUAAAAAUUUGGGAAUCUUUGGAAUUAUUUUAGUGAUCGUAGCUGUUUACAAAACAACAAAGGAUAAGUCGUUAAUUCAGAAAAGGAACACACUAAAUCAUAAUCAAGAUGCCAACUUAUCUGAAGAAGUAAUUAAGAGAAGAGUAGAGAGCGUUAAAAGAAGAUGUUCCCCUAGCAAGGAUAUACAUCAUAAUGGUGCAGAUUUGCAGGUUUCAGAUUUAGUUGAAAGCCUGGAAUUCAAGCUUGAGGAAAAUGUCAAAAUCAAUGUUGCACCGUUACCUUUCACUAAUGAAUUGACGGUAUAUUUGGUAGCCCAUUCCCACUGCGACCCAGGAUGGCUGGAGACAUACACUAAGUAUUACAAAACUGAAGUAAAACCGCUACUUACAAACCUAUAUCAGUGGGCAAUGGACCACCAAGACUUCAAGUACAUUUAUGCUGAGGUCUCUUUUUUCAAAUUGUGGUGGGAAGAUCAAACUAAAAAAGUUAGGGAUGACAUGGGGAGACUUGCUCGUGAAGGAAGAUUUGAGUUUGUCCAGGGAGGUUGGGUUCAAGCAGAUGAGGCAAACAGCCACUACUUUGCACUUUUAAACCAGAUGCUGGAUGGCCACGAAUGGCUGAAGAAGAACUUACCUGAUGCUAGACCCAGAACUGGGUGGGCCAUUGAUCCGUUCGGCUUGUCCCCCGUUAUGGCACAAGUCAACAAAAUGUUUGGCUUAGACGCAAUGCACAUUCAGAGAGUACAUUAUACGCUGAAGAAACAUUUAGCUGAGAACAGGAAGCUAGAAUUCAGAUGGCGUCAAUCAUGGGAUUCCGAUGAAGAUACAGACAUUUUGACCCAUAUGGGCCCCUUUAAUGGUUAUUGCGAUUCCGAUACUUGUGGUCCGGAUACUAAUGUUUGCGUACAGUAUGAUUAUUCUAAAAUGGAUUUUCUCACCGAACGACCACCGAUUGUCUUUAUAACCCCUGAAAAUGUUAAAGAAAGAUCAUUGUUGAUAUUAGAUCAGUGGCGUAAGAAGGCAGCUUUACAUGCUUCUAACGCAGUGUUCAUCGAGCUCGGAUGUGAUUUCUCCUACCGUUUCAUAAACCACUUGGAAACUGUCUACAGCAACUAUACGAUGAUACGGGAAUACAUAAAUAACAAUCCAGAGCUCAAUACUCAAGUGAAAUGGGGUACUCUCAGUGACUACUUUGACCACAUAAAGAAAUCAAAUGUCAAAUUCCCCAGUCUCAGCGGUGACUUCUUCACAUACGCCGACAGAUCGGACCAGUACUGGAGUGGUUACUAUACUUCUCGGCCAUUCUACAAGAACCUAGACAGAGUUCUGGAGUCGUCCCUGCGGCGAACUGAGAUCUUAUUCUCUUUUUACAGAGCAAAGGAAGGUGUUAAGGAACUUACCGAUGUUAGGAAUACCCUGUCUCUUUUUCAACAUCAUGACGCUAUCACCGGAACUGCCAAGAAGAAUGUUGUUCUUGACUAUGGCCAGAUGUUAAGCAAAGCCGUGAGCAAAUGUGACGAGCUAUCUAUAACAGCAAUACGACAAAUUAUGUACAACUUGGGUAUUGACGGCAAAGAUUUUCAUUCUACUCGAUCGAUAGGUGGCCUUACACGUUAUUCGAAAUACCGAAUCCUAAUCGAUCCAGCGGAUAUUGUGAUUGCCAACACGAUUGCCAGGAAAACGUCUGCUGCUCAAGUCAUAGCAGUUCAAUCGAAUCUUAAUUUCACGGUUGUAAGCAGUGGAGGUGAGAUUGUCCCUCAGCAGUUUGAACCAUCUAUUGAAUAUGGUAGAAUAGUCCGCAACUCAGAGUUCAUCGUGUUUUGGACUGAGCUACCAUCAGUUUAUAUCAGUAUCAAUAAGUUCAAAUUGAUACAUUCCGAAGAAUCAGCCAAGAAGCAGGAAAGGAGAACGGAGGUAACACUUUAUAAUACUGAUACUCUAUACGGCAAGACACUAAUGUCCCUACAACUUGCUUUCGAGGUAACAAUGAAGAUACAGAGGGAUGAGUGUGAGGACAUUGAUAUUGGAGGAGAUAAGCUCGUAAUAACCUUAGACUGUCUAACAGGUCGAUUGAAGAAUAUACAGAAAGAAGGAAUAAAUGUGGCUAUAGAGCAAGAAGUGUUACUGUACAAAUCCGAUAGAAGUGGAGCUUACCUGUUUUUACCUAGUGGUGAUCCCUCUCAAAUAUUAUUAGAAUCAUCAAGACCGGAGUUUAUCGUUAUAAAGGGACCUAUACGAGAUAAAGCAGUUGUUACCCUCAAAUUUCUUAGCGGGAGCACACUGGUACUUACUUACAUAGUGUAUCAUCACCCGGGGUUGGAGGGCCAGUUUGUGGAGCUGAAGAUGAUGUCAGAUUUAAAGGAUUAUGGUGAUUUGGCUAUCAGAUUCAAAACUGACAUCAAGAGUGGAGAUAGUAUCUUCACAGAUCUUAACGGUCACACGAUUCAGCAGCACAAGUUUAAAAGGAAACUUCUAACACAAGGCAACUUUUUCCCGAUGCCCUCAACAGCUUUCAUCCAGGACUCCUCAACUCGUUUCUCACUUCUGGGAUCUGAACCUCAUGGGGUGGCUUCUCUUGCUGAGGGUUGGAUCGAGGUUGUAUUAGACAGAAGAACAUUACAAGAUGACCACAAAGGCAUGGGGGAAAAAGUAGAUGACAACGUACCCACCCCUGCUAAUCUCCGUAUAUUGGUGGAAGCGAGAUCAGAGACCCCGACUCAAUCAGAGCUUUAUAUGGUGGAGUAUCCAUCUCUAGUCAGUCACAUGACUCUUCAGUCCUUACUACAUCCUCCUUUUUUACUGUCAGCAACUCUUGCUGAGAAUUCUUCUCCCCACCAGCACCAAGUAUUCAGCUAAUGAGAUCUUUACCUUGUGACGAGGAGUUGGUAAAUUUACGAUACAUUGGAAAACAAACUUCCCAACUGAUAAGAAGGAAGCUGGGAUUUUCUUGCAAUAUUGACAUGCCGGUCAGCUGUGAUAACACCGAUCUGAGUCUGAGUGAGAUUUUCUUUGAAGAUGUGACUAUAGAAGACCACCCAUUUUCAGCAUUUCAUCAAAAAUCCUAUCCUGAUAAAAGGAAUUUAAAAGCAAUGGAAUUUUCAUCAGAACACGUUACGUUUAAUAAUGGAGAUUGGAUUUGGAGUUGGACAUAGCAACCUUUUAGGUGCACCUUUUAACGCACAUUUCCGUAUAAUUGACAUUUCCUAUAAAGUUUCGUAUUUUUUAUAACUUGUUAACACUUUAACAAUUUCGUGUGUUCAUUCGACAAAUUGAAAAUUAAUUUAGGACCGUCGUGAGACCGUCGAUGAUUUGGGAUAGAAAUAUUGGCAAUUCGCCAAUGAGUCGGUGGACACUCAAGGGACACUCAAGGGACACUCAAGGGGCACUUAAGAGUUAAGACAUGGAUAACACACGUCGAUUCCGCGCCUGCCUAGAUUUUUUAUUUGAAAUUGGAGACAAAAAACACCGCACUUAAGCUACACAAUUCGCCAAGUUUGCAGCCUUUAGGCACUCCCAGGUUAAAUUAUUAAACAGUACUGCGUAGUAAAUAAUAUUAAUAACGUUGACUUACACAAUUACGCGAUCAUGUUGAGUUUAACAAAACAGAUAACUUACAAGUU